GUUAAAAAUAAUGAGUAGAUAGCAUAACAAUGGUUAAUUUCCCAAACUCUCUCGGUCUUAUUUCCAGAGACGAGGAAAACAAAAACCGAUGACUGAACCCUAAGGGGAAAAUUGCCGAUGCGGCACCGUAAUACCAUUUCCCAAUUCUAGCACUGUUGGCUGGGGCAAAUUCCUCACCCAAAACGACACAUGUUUGGGGGGCCAUUUUGAUUUGAGGUGCGUUGAGACAGAAAACAUUAGGCCACCAUAGUUCUCUUCUCUCUCGCAAUUUCCAUCUGGUCUCAAUUUUUCUCGUGAUUCCAUCUCCAUUCCGGUGUAGGCUCCUUUGAUUUGACCAUCUUCUCUUCCGCCAUCAUCCAUUGAAGAGCAGCAACUAGGAGCUGCAAACCACAUACAAGCCUGAUUUUCGCCCCUCUCUACUAUAAGGUUUCUGAACUUUUCUUCCACCAUGGCUAACAAAUCUCAAGAAGAGCCCAAGACUGCUCCUGAGCCUGAUCGGUGGUACAAUCUCACCCUUGGACCUUCCUUCAAAGAUGAUUCCUCUAAUAAAUACUGCACCCUACGAUAUGAAUUUAAGCCAGCUUCAGUUGAUAAGACUAAGCCAGGAUUGCUACGCAAGACCAAAGAGAACAGGGUUUCUGUGGAAUUUCAGAACAACCAAAUAGGAAAGCCCAAGGUGACAUUUGAGGGGAAUAGUGAGGAAUACAAGGAAAAUGAUGCUGUAUUGUUCUUUGAUGGUGAGACACUUCGAUUGGAGCGGCUUCAUAGGGCUGUUAAGCAACUGCGGCAUCUACGAAUGCCUGGUGAAUCUGCAGGUGCUGCAUCUACAGUUGUGGCUGCUCCAUCUGGACCAGCUUUAGAUCCUCGAUCAUCCCCUGUUGGGAAGUCUGUAAAACCAGCACCUCUUGGCAGGAGCUCAUUUCCGGCUGUGCCAGUUGAAGUGGAACGCAUUGAUAUUGGUGAACCCGAGAAUACUGGAAUCAAAUCUGGUUCUAAGAGGUCAUUUGAUCAUCUAAAUGAACUGCCCAUUAAUACCUCACCAGAUGCUAAAAAUGAAGUCGAGGAACAUCAAGAUAUAGAUAUUCAUGACCUUUUUGGCAGCGAAACACCUGAGGAUGACCAUAAUGUUGAAGAAAAAGAUAAUGUUGGAUUUGACAUGAAUGUUCCACACACUGAUGAUGAGAUCGCCGACGUGGAUGAUAGUGGUGAUGAGGUGGACAAAGGACCCAAUGCUGCAGAAGCUCUCGAAGACCAGGUGAAUGCACUGGGGAGGGAUGAGCAGACAUCUACUUCUAGCAGCAGUAGUGGUAGUAGCAGUAGUGAAAGCGGAAGUGAAAGUGGUAGUGGGAGUAGCAGCAAUAGUGAUAGUGAAGGCAGUGAUGAGGACUCGGUUCACUCAAUCUGAAGUUAUACAACCGUGAUUUCUUUCUUUUCCUUUUCUCAUUGGUCGUUACUUUUUGCAAAACAAUCCAACACAUGAUGAAUUGAAUGUGUUUGUCCGUCCUGGCUUAGAAGAAUUUUAUAAGCCAUCCUCAGUGUGCUGAGGGUUAUAAAUAAUGUGCUAUAUUUUGUAUGUAUAUUAAUCGGAUUUAAAUAGUUUUGCUUUUUCAUUAAAGCAUGUGAAGCAAUUUUUAACUA